AUGGCGAAAUCCCCGUUCGACUCUCUAGACCCGGCUGUCCGCCUCCCUCCGCGCCAUUCGCGAUCUCCACGCUCGCCCUCACGCUCCCCGGAACGGAGAGCGCAGUUCCUCUCUCACCAGCUCGAUCCUCUACUCUCAGACCUUUCUCCAGAGACGACGCUGCAAGUCCUCUCUGCUACCGACGCUAUCCCGAUACAUAAAAACACUCCGCAUAGCCUUCUGGCCAAGAGCAUAUCUGAUGUCUCAACCGUGGAUCGUGCAUUCGGCAUAAGAGCCGCAGUAGCCGCGCAGAAACUCAAUGAAUGGCAUACUGAGGUCCUCUCCUGGCUUUGGCCGGAUCCCGCUCGUGAUCCGAAUGCAAGAAAUGGGUUUCUUCCCCCGAAAGAGCUUGAGAAGAGCUCCGAUAGGAGUUAUGAUGAGGCUCAGACCGGAAAUUCUGCCAUACCAGAGACUGAGCGGGAAAUAUACUUUGGAAGCUUGCCUGCAAGCAUCUUGAAACUAUAUCAAACCCGAAUCAAGGAAAUAAAGGACGGCAUGGAAGCUCUGGAUGUGGAAGAGUUGAAGGAGCAUGUUUUAACAGCUCAUAUUCCUUCACGAUCCCGUCCGCCUUCUGCUGCUAGCACCAUGUCCACAAGCUCCGGUCUAGCUAGCUAUUUGAAGAUGAGUGAUUUCACCGCAGUCAUAACAGCUACUAUUCUACGGGCCCUACCCGUGCUAUCAAGAUUGAACAAUCUGCUUAGCAACUGGCACGCUCGACUCCUUGUUCUUAAUCAUGUUCCAGGGCUGGUCUUGGACCUUCAGGAGACUAAACGGGCUAUUGCCAAUGCACUUAACCGCCUGCAAAAUGGCCUACUCCCUAAGCUUGAUGAUCCCCUAUUUUCCAGAGAAUGUUUCAGGUCCAGCUGGAGAGAGCUGCAGGCCAUGGUCUCAUCUCUCGGUCGCCGGAUUGAUAGGAUGCUUGAUAUCCUCGAAGGGAGAGAAGAUUCGCUACCCGAAACUUGGAUCGAUGACAUGGAGGCCAUUGAGUCAAGAAUUGCCAGCUGGGCAUUUGAGGCUGAACGAAGAGCAGUGCAAAAUGAGUUGAAAUGUCUAUAUCAGCGCGAACUUGACGAGUAUUUGGCGCAAAAGUCUUCAGAGGAAUCAGUGCCAGAUGUCUCACACCCUUCACAAAAGAGCUCCGAUGAUGUAGCUGAACCAUUAGUCCAACACAGUGAGGCAGUGGUCAAACAUCACACUGCCAGCCCUAGCACAGGGCCUGAUUCUCACUUUACUCCUUUGACGCCACAGCCCUUGCUACCUGCUAUCAGGGAAAAUCACACUGGUGAAUCACGGGCAAUUACAUCUUCCGUUGCCGACUCGUCCGAUGGAUAUACCCCCGAAAAUUCUCCUUGUAAAUCUCAAGAUCCUGUGAAAAAACUAGGGAUUACUUCCUGUUCUACUCCGAAUAAUGGUCGGGCUACUGCUGUUACCAAAAAUAUUCAAGAUUAUGACACCCCGAACUUUGAGUCUCCACGCGUUCCCAAUUCAGCAAUAUACGAUGGUACUCAGGGUGAAGAUUUCACGACUAGGCCGGUCUCCCGCCUUGAUUUCAACGCCAUUGACAGCCCAGGUUCGGACAACUACAGUGACAUGUCGCCUGAUAACUCACCAGCUCCCCUGACGCCCUUGGCCAACAUGCGUAAAAGGUCCAGUAAGCGCGAGAGCAACGUCCCGUCUAGGUUACAACUAAUUCCGUCUGGCUCGGAUGCAACCAUCAAGCAGAACGAUAUGGCUGGUCCUGUCGACUCCCCUGCUGCUUCAAGCUUCAUCCCUGACAGAGAAGACUUAGAAUUUAACGUUGCCCAACCCCUGAGUUCUCCAGCGACUCCAGCACAGUUCUCAUCAUCGCCUGGCCUAAGCUCCAGCGGUUCGGUAAUACACCAUACUCCAGAAGUAACGAAAAACUCCACAUCUCGUCCCACAAAUAGCGCAUCCCCUUCUCCGGACCUUCAGACCCCACCAUCCCUUCGAUCAUUUGGCAGAACUAUGAGUUUACCCCUAGCACGUUAUAUCAAUGACGAGGCUGCCUCCUUGUAUGGACAGCAUGGAGCCUACCACCCGAAUGGCAAAUCACAAAUAAGCACAGCAUCGAUCGGAUCGGUUGAUAUAUCACCAAGAGGACAGGUUGGGGAUUCAACUUUUGAUCGAAGAAAUAGCUUAACCCCAGGCACUUCCACAAAAUCCGAAUUGCGGAGAUCUAUUUCAUCCGCGAGCAUAUCCUCCUCCCCUCGUUUACAAGAAAAAUUAAAUCUUGGCCGUCUAUCAAAUUUUACGCGGUUAUCACAUUUGCGCCGCAGUGCAAGCUCUGAACCAUUAUAUCUUGAGAAGUCGUCACUCUCUACAGGCUCUGCUGAUACAAAUUUUUCAUCCACCCCCCUAAAACCCCUCGACCUUCCCUCUAGGUUGAGCCCAUUCCUUCAUUCCUCAUCUCCAGAAGCAGAUAACACAUUCCCGGAUGCCGAUUCUUUAGAGUUGAUACCCCCUCCUCUCAAAACAAGAUCCCACUCAGGGACCAGAACCCCCGUUAAAGUACCACAUGAUGAAUUCGAUGACAGGAUACAUUCCAUACUGGAUACUAUUCCUAAAAUCCGUAUGAAAUCUACCGUAAGCGAGGAUUCCAAUGAAACACCUGCGCCGGACAAUUUACGAGUGCCGCCAAACUCAGGCCGCGUCCAUCCUCCUUCUCCAACGCUGUCUCGCUCUAGUACACCUACUCCUUCACUUACCCUUACGCCAGCACCUCGCCCUAGGCGUCGCAAUAACCCUGGACCGGAUGAAGUGCGGUUAUAUCACCUUCAUAGAGGUGGUAAAGCAGCCCCAGUCAAACUAUUUGUACGAUUAGUGGGCGAAACUGGAGAGAGAGUAAUGGUACGCGUUGGCGGUGGUUGGGCGGACCUCGGUGAAUAUCUUCGCGAGUAUGCCAUGCAUCACGGAAGAAGAGGCAUAAUCGACGGUAGAUUUGAAGUACAAGGAAUUCCCGUUGUCAGCAAAUAUCCCCGGGCGCCAACCCCUACUACAAAUGGUCGAACCACACCCAUACCUCCCUCGCGACCUGGCUCUGCUAUGGAUAUUCGCCCGGGGUCCUCUCUAGCAGUCCGGAGAGCAAGACGUGCAACCGGCUCAGGUGCAGAUCUGCUACCAAACCUCACCGCUGCCAAUAUUCAAAGACUAUCUGAGGAAGGUGUUAGUCCUGGCAACUCUUCUGUUUUAUCCUCACAACGACGCCCAUCACUAUCCUCCGCAACUUCUGUGAGCACCUCGGCUGUAGGGGAUCACUCAUUUAACACCACUCCAUCCCACCGCUCCUUUUCCACAAUCACUGGCGCCGCUCAUUCAACACCACUUGGUUUAGCUGGUCCCAAACCUCGAUCAAAACAACAUACCAUUAGUCCGGAGAGCGAAGCCUGGGUUGAAGAUGUCAUGGGUCAGGCACGAAGGAGCUCAUCUACUCUUAGAGCCCAGCGAUCCAUGACUGCCAUGCGUAGCAGCUCUGGAGUCCUUCGACGCAUGCCCAGUGCAACUCUUAAUGAACAGAGCCCGACAAACAGCAUUGCAAUGAACAAAGUUCGGGGCGAGAAUAAACUCCGGAGCGCAAGUGAUAUGGGAGGCGUGUCACUUAACAAACGAGUCUUUUUACGCCGACUAGGGAAAGAAAAGGAGUAG